UAGUGCACUUACGUAGUACCUACGUUGGAAUAUUUCGUAUUUCAGUGUUAAUCAUGAAUCUGUUCCUCAAUUCUCCUCGACUUGGGACUUAUUAGUCUAUUAAUUUGUUUAUUGAGCUAGUGUUGGAUUUUGUUCAGCUCAUAAGGUAGGGUACAGGCUAAAAGCGACAGAAUCCCCGAAAUACUUUUGAUUUUCUUCAAUUUCCAAAUUUACCUAGAAUAAAAUAAUUUGUGAUUACCUACUGAUCAUUUUAUUUCACCGUGACUAUCAAAAGUGCUCUGUAUAAAUUGUUCGAGUUUAUCUGCUAGCUGAGUUAGUAAAGUACCAAGUUAUGGCGCAGACUAGUCCAGAUGAGCGAAUUGCUAAAAGUCAAUGUCGCACGAAAGUCGAAUUAAAAAAAUGUUCUUUCACAUGGAUAAUCGAUCAUUACGAAGUUCUUAUUAAAAGAAAAGGAGAAAUAUUAAAAUCGUCAGCGUUUUCUGCUUUUGGUGAUGAUUUCAAGUGGCAUUUGGAACAUUCAGUUACCAGUUCUGGAAAGUCGCAGUAUGCUUCAUUCGCAUUAUGUCCCGAUUCUAAGGAUGAUCUUGAAAAGUACGGCCCUGUAUCUGGAGAUGUGAAAAUCAUAGUUCGUACCAUAACUAUUGCCAGUUCCUUCACUUUGACCUUUGGCAAAAACGACCAGUAUAGUACUUCAUCUUACUGCCCUGUCAACGAAAUGCAACGAUGGACAUCUGAAGCCGGUCAAUUAAAAGUCCUUUGCGAGCUAACCUAUGUAAAAAGUAACGAUAUUGUAAACGUCUCUUCUCCAUAUUAUUCGAGCACGAUUGGAAUGUCUGAAUCUAGACUUUCAACAGACUUGGAACAAUUAUACAUCGGUGACUGUUUCAACGACCUGACAAUUUCAGUCAAAGGUAAAAACUAUGCCGUCCAUAAAGCUAUUCUAGCUACUCGUAGUUCAGUUUUCAACGCCAUGCUUAGGAACGAUAUGCAAGAAAGCCAGAAAAAUCUUAUUAACAUCACCGACAUCGAGCAAGAAACCUUCGAAGAAAUGUUACACUACAUUUAUACGGGAAAAACGAAAAAUUUGGACGAAUUAGCCUUCGAAUUGCUACCAAUAGCAGAUAAAUAUGAUCUCAAGGAGUUGAGGAUCAUGUGUGAAAACGUAGUGUUCAAGAAAUUAUCUACAGACAACGCUGUGAAGAUUUUAAUAUUGGCUGAUAUGCAUCAUGCUGAAGAAUUGAAGAAGGAUACUCUUCAAUUUAUCAGAGAUAAUUACGCCAAUUGCGAAGAUUUUAAAAAUGCCGACGUUUUGAAUAAUUUGACAACUUCUCGUGCUCAAUUAUUGAAAGAUAUGUUGGAUGUUUUUUGUAAGAUUUAAAGGAUUUUUGUAACGUUUAAUUUUUAUAAAAAACUAAACUUUUGCAACAUA